AAAAAAUUGCUAACCUUCAUUCUCUUUAAUGGAACAAAAUCUACUUUAAUUAAAAUACAAUUACUCUGUUGUAAAUUGCCAUACUUACUUUAAAUAAAUCGAAUCUGUUUAGGUAGCGCCUAUGCAAUAAAGCUUGACUGAAUUAAUCUAAGUUUUUACAGUUCUCUAAGCCGGUGAUACUGUGAUCAUGGCGAAUCCGUCAUCAGGCGUUGUGGUGCCACGGAAUUUUCGUCUCUUAGAAGAACUUGAACAAGGCCAAAAGGGAGUGGGCGAUGGAACCAUUUCUUGGGGUCUUGAAAGCGAUGAUGAUAUGACUCUUACUCAUUGGACUGGAAUGAUUAUUGGCCCACCAAGGACACCCUACGAGAAUAGAAUGUACUCCCUUAAAAUUGAAUGUGGAACACGAUACCCUGAUGAGCCACCGACAGCCCGCUUUAUUUCUAGGAUUCAUAUGAACUGUGUCAAUAGUCAAACUGGACUUGUGGAUAAUAGACAAGUCCCAAUUCUUGCUAGAUGGCAGCGUGACUAUACCAUCAAAACAGUUCUUCAAGAAGUGAGACGUCUCAUGACUCUUAAAGAUAACAUGAAGCUUUCUCAGCCACCAGAGGGAAGCACUUUCUAGUUCCUUCAAUCAAGUCUCAACAGGCCCAAUCUACUUUCACAUAAAACAAUAAUUUUAAAAUAAAUAAAUUGUUCUCUAUAUUGGAAAAACUGUCAUGCUGGUGCAUGUACUGCAGAUCAAUUAUUGCCUUUAUAAUUUAAAUAUUGUUCUGAGAUGUAGGUUGGGUGUUUAUCAUAUCUGAUUCUAGUACCCGUUUAUUUAUCACAUUACCAAAAUUAUUGUGGCCUUUAUAAAAGUGAAACUUGCUUUUGGUAAAAUUAAGGCUAGUUUUACUAAUUUCUUCAUUUUAGGCUAGCAAAACACUAGUGCUAUAAUAUUGUUGUAUUAAAUUACUCAUGGUUUUUAAAACAACAAUGUUUAAUAGUACUCAUAAUAUGUGGAAUAUAUAAUAAUAUCUCAAACAAUGUCUGAUAAGCAAAAACAUUUAUUUAUCUCUGAAUAUUUAUCAUAAACUUACUAUGGGACUUGCUUUUUGCUUAAUUAUAUUUGCUUUAGUUUUCUAAUAGUUUUACAUGUGUAAACAUAGGUGUUUAUUUCUUAGGAAAAUAAGGUAAAUGUACUAUUGAUUCUUGGUCUUUGUAAUUUAUGCAUUUAAUGCAAUGUGCAUUUGGCAUAAUUGCCAAUUCAUUAAAGAGUAAAAAAACUGCAGUAAUCACAAUAUGUAUCUGUAAACUCAUAGUACCAACCAAAUGCUAAGUCAAAUUGUUUCAUAACAUGAAUAUUUUUACCAAUGUAAUACCAGCAAAAAUAAAUCAAAUAACACUCAA